CCUUAAUUGAUUUGCACUGUUUAAACGGACAAACCAUCAGCUGACUACCACACGUGCUGUCAGAACGAAUAGGAUGGGUUAAGAGAAACUGUUGUUUGCAGCCCGAGUAUUGGUUCAUCAAAGGAAGCGCUGAGGAAGCUAAGAAAUGGAAACGGACCCACUGGUCAUCAUUCACUCCGAAGGGGUCUCAGCAUCAUCACACGAGGGAAAAACUUAUCGUUUGCCCGAGUGUCAGGGCCCUCCCUUUGACCAAGGGUUGGCGGAGGAUGAAGGCUUGAAUAUAAUUUACCAAGGUAAAAAGGCACCAACAGAAUUUAUACAUAUCAUGGAUUGGGGAAUUUACCUUCGCCUGUGUUGCCAACUUCGGCAUCUCAAAACAACUUAUUGCUGUACUGAGAAAGAAGCCCAGCAACUACUCCAAAAGAGACGCAGCUGUAGAAGAAAUUGUAUCAUCAGGCUGAUUAUUGCUUUUAACCAUCUUUAUUCGGAGUACAGCAAGGUGGUUGAUCUGGCUUCUUGGAUUCAAAAAACAACAGCGACUGAAAAGGGAGGAAUAACGAAGGUAGCAGCAAAAUCAAAGAUGGCAGAGAAUCAUGAACAGUUGAGGGAUUUAAGCCCAACGUUUCCUGCAAAAAUUCAGGGCGUAUCUGAGCAUCACAAUAACAAAUGCCUGAACCGAGGCGAUGCAAAGUCCCCGAUAAUUAGCGCUAAAAUUAGGUCUGUAGAACAAAAUAUAUGUCAGCCUAGUGUCCGUCCGCAGGCCGGGGACGACGAGGGGACACAUCCAUAUAAUCAGUCAAGUGUGCUUCAUACGGCUACGGUGUUCAAAAGCGCUUCUACUUUGUUGGAUAUCCCCGCCCCGCAUUGCUCAUAUUCGACUCAGGUCGCUCGCAAACAGGUAACGCACUACAGAGAUGAUACUCAUAAUCAAGGUCCACAUGCUUGCUUCCGUUGGUGUCAUCGAUCAUCCAAGUGCGCUAGUAACAGCAUCAAAUAUCGUCAGCAUGCAAAGGAGGCACUUAGACUAGCGAAAGAAUUAAAUACUUUCAGAAAUUUCUCAAAUAAACAUGGAUGCUCGGAGUGCAGAACUAACGAACCCUUCGAUUGUAUCCAGCGUGAACCGGAAGAAAAUACUUUGAUGAUUUACCAAUUGGUGGGUUACCAAUAUCGAGUAGAACAUAAAUUAAAACUAUCAGAGCACCAAUUUUCCUCAUUCACACAGCUACCAACACAUCCGGCUGACCGUGAGUCUCUGAUCAACAUUCGCUUACCCCUAGCGCUUGAGUUGGUAUUACCUAAAGUGCAACGGCAGAUUGAGCAAGUCCUUCGCAGUUGUAACUUUGUCUAUGAUCCUCUGGAGGUUGCAGCGGAACUCCGGCAGCUGAACUACGAUACAGAAGCAUGCAUAUCCUACUUCAACAAAACCCGCUUCUUACGCGAAGUUAUACACGAAUUUUUACCUAACUGCGUCAAAAGUGGCGCACACAGUGCCUCUGGGAAAACACACAGUAAGUACUAUGCUACCCUGUCUCCGGCUGCUAAAGGACUUCCGUCGGAUAGCGGUCAUAAUGUUAAAUCCCAACUGGCGGGGUUGAGGGAUCAGUUAGCCUUGUUAAGAAAGGCACAACAGGGUGCCAAUCGAAGAAUCACUCAGCUGCGACAAUUCGUAUCGGCAAUGGGAAAGCACAUGGGAAAGGCACUGGAAGAAGCGAUUAUCCCCUUCAUAUGCACGUCAUCCAGAUUGGAAAACCUACUUGGCUCCCACAGAGCCGAUCUAACUGUAACUCAACUAAGUAAGCUCGCGCAAGAAAAUCGAUCGCUAAAACUCACGCUGCGCAUGGAAGAGAACCGGCGGAAAACGGUCUUCAACAUGAUGCAAGAAUACCUGGGAAAUGUUCGCGUUUAUUGUCGCUGCAGAGCAGUGUCCCAUUCCGUAAGUUGCCUUGAAACACCAUCUAUUGAUACCGUUUUGCUUAACAACGGCUUAGAUACAAACAUUGAACAGUUUAAGUUUGAUAGGGUAUUCGAUGUUGGUGCGAGCCAGGCUGAGGUGUACACGGAGCUCGCACCCUCAGUGUGCUCAUUUCUAGAUGGAUACAACGUAUGCUUUCUUACGUACGGAGGAGAAGCAAGCGGAAAAACCCAUACACUCCUGGGACCUCCCAUGACCUCUAUCUCGUCAUCAACUCAGGGUAUUACCCAAAGAGCUCUUCAUACUGUCCUGGCUGAGCGCGAGGCUAGACAACAUGACCUGGAAUAUCGGCUAGCUGUUGCUGUCAUCGAAGUGUACAAUGACACACUUAUUGACCUGCUAGCCAAUGAGCAAGGUGUGCACAUCCACAUAGACUCUGGGCUGGAACAGGUCAUGGAAGGUUUGGAAUCAAUGGAAAUACACAAGGAAUCAGACGUGGAACAUCUUGUCACUGUUUGUCAGGCACGUCGACGGACAGGAUGUACAGCACUAAACACACAGUCAUCCCGGUCGCAUCUGAUUAUAUUUGCAAAAUUGAAUGCCCGAAGUCGCCUACAUGAGGCAAAAUGGUGCAGCGUUUUGGCACUCUGUGACUUGGCUGGGUUCGAAGACAUAAUCAAAGCGGAUACCUUGAGCGACCCAGUUCUGGCCAAAGAAGCUGGCUACAUCAAUCGUUCAUUAACAGCUUUAAACCGAGUCUUCAUGGCUUUGAGAACACAAGAACCUAGCACGGUGUCUUAUCGUGAUUCCAAGCUGACAUAUUUGUUAAAACCUUUCUUCGUUCACUCUGGAAAGUGCAUUCUCAUUGUGACCGUUCGAACAGAUCGAGCCAAUUUGGCCUCCACUCAGGGUACAUUACGAUUCGGACGCGAGGCACGAGGGGUCAGCUUGGGUAGACAGCGACGCCAGUUCAACUUAGACAGACUAAUUGAUGAUAUGCAUGGCAGCGGCUAACACGCCGUUUGGGCAUGAACAUAAGGACAGAAAGAGGGUACCUUGGGCAAGUCAUCGUUUGACUACACAUGUGAUAAGCAGGAACGUGCCACCCAAACCCGACAUUAACAAGUAUCCAGUUCAUACAUGCUAUACUGCCUAAAGCGUUCACGCCAAUUCGAGUGAACCCAUGAAAGCCAACAUGCAUGCACGAAGUAACCCGUUCACACCUAUGAGAAUUCCACUGGUGUAUGUACGGAGCUGCAUCAAUAAACUGUUGGCAUAAAGCGUUUUUGUAGACAUCGCAUUUGCUAGUUUACUGAAAAUGGUGGGCGCAACGUCGAUACCUGCAGCAACAGUAUUUUAGUAUCCUUGGGUUGAAAAUAUUAGUACCUUUUGACGUGCAUUAUGAAAGAAGGGGUAAAUGAUGCGCAGAAGAACCAACUUGUUUAUAUCCAGAGUCAUACUUUUAAUGUAGGCCUACCUGGUUUUUUAUUUCAACACCACAUAUGUAACAUGGCCAAUAGUACCUUUGGCAUAGCACCACAAUGUAUGGAAAAUAAAAUAAACAUAGGAAGCUGGAGGUUAAAAACGAUGUUCAUGAGAAUAGUGAGUUUCAACAACUCUGCCAUUGUGUACGAUAUCUUGCUAUAUCCGAGAGCAGUGUGUCCCGGAUCCUUCGCAAUCCAGACAGGGAGACGAAAGCGCCUGACCCCUGCUAAAUUGGACUUUAGUUCCUUCAUGCUCCUGGCCCAAGUCAUACUUUGUUCACCUUUCUUUCGCUUCCAGCCUACUUCUGCGUGCAUGAAGAGGGCAUGGCGAAGGAAGCGGUAAGUAGACAAGCUAAGAAUUUGCCCAAGCCACUGAAGUCUGCGCAGCGAAAUUAUACUACUCCGUGACCGGCAAAGUCAGUCUGAUCUCGAAGUCUGCCGUCGAAUAUCUUCAUUCCUAGUGUAGUAUUGCCGUAGUACACCAGCAAUGCUUCUAAGGCAACAGUGCUCAAAAACAGACAGCCUCUCAGCAUCCAUUGCCCGGACAGGUCACCUCUCAGCCAUAGAGGAGAACCGCUCUCACUAUGGCUUAGUAAAAUCAGCACUUCAGAGAUAGACUCAGAUCACCUCGACGUCAGAGAUGGCGCACAUGGUCAGAAACAACCCGAGCCUUUGAGACGCGCAAAGGGACCUCAUCCGUUAAACCUUUAACGCUGAGGAAGCUUCUGUGGUAAACGGACUUGUCCACCACCUCCAAUGAAUGACUUACAAGGGUAAGAUUACGAACAGCGUCUAGCUAGUCCCGCAGGAACACAUUGCGUUUCGAUGGUGCGCACGUCAUUCCAAACUGGUGGACAGACAUCUCCAACCAACAGAGAAUAUUCUGGGCGGCUUAUGAGGAAGCGCAGAUUACCGCGAUGUCGCCUGCAUGCUCCAAAUCCCGAAGUCAGUCCCACGGAACCACCUAGAGGCUGCUGAGUUCGCAGUUCUCCAGUGCAGUCUCCAAUGUUUCGUCUAUAGCGAAAUUGUAAAAGAAGGGGAUGUUGGGGCUCCUGGUCUCAAACCGCUGUUGAGAACAAAGGAGGCGGAAGUCUGCCGUACACCCCCACUCGGCCCGAAGUUCGAUAGCAGGUGGCUCAAAGUAAGAUGAAUUAUUUUACGGGCUCUACCCUUCUCAGUAAACAGCUCUAUUGGGCAGAUCUGUCGACUGAGUCAAACGCGGCUCGUAUGUCGAAGAAGACAACGAUCGUUGGCUGGGCAAAUGUUUGACGAGGCUCGAGUACUUGGCGCAGUGCAAAGCUGUGCUCGAUGCAACGCCGACCUGAGCGGAACCCAGCUUGCUUUUCACGUAUGCUCUGUUCGCGUACCAGGCUGAGCCUCCUAAGAAGCAGCGCUGCGAGCACUUUUGGAGCAACCAAGAUGAGACUAAUCCUUCUGUGCUUGGUGUGCUUUUUGAAGACGGGCACGAUAUACGUUAGGCUCUAAUCAGAUGGGAUGACUUUAUUGACCCAGAUCUCUUGGAAGAGAGAAGUUAAGUCCUGGACAACUGAUUUGCCGCCAUCUUUGAAAGAACUGGAAGGAGUUUAUCUGGGUCAGCGGCUUUGUAGCUUUUAAAGAGGCGAAGCUCUUUGGCAACCUCCGUCAGGGAGCGCGCUGGGCUCCGGAAUGGGAACUCAUUGGUGCGUCUGGGCAAAUAAAGUACUGCUCAAAUUGUUCAGCUUAACGCUAGAGUCGGCGUUUUUGACAGUGGAUUUUCUCGCCAUUGGUUUCGCGUUAAACGGCGCUUACAUUCGACCUUUUGCCGCCAGUAGAUGGGAUCAGGAUGUAAACCUUGCGGGAAUUCCUCUAGUUGGCCGCUUGCUCCAUCUCAAUGACCCGCCGUGUCCACCAGACUUUACCAUCUUCCCUACCUGUGUUAUCACUAAAAUAUUUGCACCAUGUUAUGUACAGCCAUAACUUUUAUCUCAAUGUUGACAUUGUUUUGUUUGACAACUGUCUCCGGCUGUGUGCAUGGUAACAGGUGUCACAACUUAUAUCCAACGAAGCCUGACUGUUUCACGCUUU